AGAAGAUGGUUUACAUAAGUUUCCUUGUUUAGAACUAAAUAAUUUAAGUUACUGCAACUUGACUUCCCUCCGUUGAAGCGUUGCAGAGUAUUUCGGCAUUAAGCUAGACGAGCCGCCUUUUGCUCUUCGGACAAAUUGUGGGGAACCCAGCGGGAAACAAGCUUUCUUACACACAGCUCAUUAUGCAAUAUCGACUGAAUUGCACUCAUUCCGAUACUGAUAACAGCCUGAAUCUGCUCGUAUGUCACAUGACGGUCAUCUAAUAUAAUAGUUCGCACAGCUGCGAUGUUUUCAGGCGUGACUGCUGUUCUUGGUCGACCUGCAGAAGAAACAGUGCUGAGCGAUACACGACCGCGCCGGAACUCGGCAUACCAGCGGUAUAUUGUCGUUUGACUCGGUGCUUCAACAUCAUAUAUCGAAACAAGUUCGUUGAGAAAUUUAUCUUGAGAUAAGCCGCGACGAAAAUGGUGAUAAAUUGUGGCACAAUAAUGUUCACGCUUGAGCUCCAUUUCUGUUAACGACGUGUCAACUUUAAACCAACAUAAUUUUUGUUAUUGAACUUUUUUUUAAUUGUAUGAAUGUCAUUAAGAUUCUAAGAGGCCAGUAUUCAAAUUCUAAAAAAGGUUUUACUGUAACUCAAUCCGAAAUAUUCUAUUCCCGAUCAUUUCAGUGUGCCCCUCGUAUUGAUAUUGGCAUUUAUCAGCUGAUGCAAUUAUAAACAUGACAGACCCUAUCCCAGUUACAACUGAGCAAACAUUAUCAGAAACGAAUAUAAUGUCAUCAAAUAAUGAUACACAAAACGACGCAGCUGCAUUUGUUUCGCAGCCAUCUGCAUCGUAUGCUCUUGCUUCUAAAAAAGUAAUCAAUACAGCAUCAAAAACUUUACCCAACACACAAAAUGUGCGGCAACCCAGAUCAAUACCGAUGCGAAAUAAUAUUUGGACCCAACAAACUCGAGAAAUGAUAACAAAAUUUAAUGAGGGUUGGCGCUUAUUGCUAAUAAUGAGAGGAGCGCCUGGAAGUGGAAAAAGUUUCAAGGCCCGUGAAUUGGUGCAAAUGACUGUUGGCUCUGUUAAUGAAUCAUAUCAUCGACAUGUCUUUAGUACUGAUGACUUUUUUAUGUCUGGAGGUGUGUAUAAAUUUGACAAGAUGAACCUGCAUGAUGCACAUUUAUGGAAUCAAAACAAAGCCUUUGAAGCAAUGUCAAAAGGCUUCAGUCCAGUUAUAAUUGAUAAUACUAACAUUCAUAUUUGGGACAUAGAACCAUAUGUAAAAAACGGUGUGAAAAAUGGUUACCUGAUAUAUAUUGUUGAACCCGACACUCCGUGGGCAAAAAAUGCUCAAAGACUUUUCCAAAAAAAUUGCCAUAACGUUCCACUUCACAGUAUUCAAAGAAUGUUAGACAAUUAUGAAAAAAUAACAGUAGAACACAUAAUAAAAAAAUAUAGCCAUCAAUAUCCAUCAAUAUCUCCUGUUUUUCGAAACUUCCCACCUAUUGUUGAAAAUUCUUCACAAGUUGACACACCUAUAAAAGUUGAGUGUGAGGCGGAAGAAAAUAAUCCAAACUCAGAUAACUUCCAAAAUACAAAUGUUGGUAGAGAAGCUAUAAACCUAAACACUUCAAAUGGAUUAAAGGAGAAUAAUGCAGUUGAACUUACAUCUACUACUACUAUUAAUGCUGAAAUAAAAUCAGAUAUAUUUUCCUCAGAAGUCAACAACACAAUUAUUGACGAAAAUUAUCUAGAAAUACAAAAAAGUAUUGAGCAAUUCCAAGAUGUGGAAAAGCAAUGGGAUGAUGGAGAAAGUUGGGAAGAUGAACCGCACAUAUCAAAACCGGCUUCCAGCCCCGAAAAUAUUAGCGAGCUUACUCUAUCAAAGCCACAAAGACUCAAAGAAACUGACAAAAUAUCUGAAGUUGAAUUCCCACUAACAUCGUUUCAGGGUUCAAAUGAUUGGAGUCAAUCCAAUAUUCCUAAGAAGAACUUGAACCAAAAUUUUAUCGUUGAAGCUGAGUUGCCUUUAAUAAGCAAAAAAUCUACAGGGACAUCUACGGAAAGUGGAGAUAGUCAUAUCUCAGAUAAAAAUCCCUAUAAGAUUAUAACUGCUAUUCCAAGAGACAUUAACAUUUUUUAUAUUAAUAUGAAGAUUGAAAAAAUACCAGAAAAACGUAUGUUUGAUAAGAGUACAUCUACAAAUAAUGAUAUUUUAAUCACUGAGCAUCAUAAAUACCAAUAUGAUGAAAAAGAGUUUAGAAGAUUCAGGAAAAUGUUUAAUAAAUAUUCAUCAAGUGAUUUAAGGGAUUUUUAUAUUGAAUGUGAAGGAAAUGUUGAUUGGGCUGUAGGACUUCUUAUAGAUGACGAUAUGACGAGAGAUAGUAUGGCUAAGAAACAGCUGAUUUCUGCAGAAGAAGAUUAUAUUACAUCCGAUGAUGAAAACGAAGUAAAAAAUGUUUGUCUUGCUGAUUAUAAUAUUGUGCCUGAUGAUCGGCUUCCAUCACCAGAAGCCCAAGAAGUAGUUGCGACAUCAAGUAGAACAGUCCUUAAUUACCCUAAAAGGUUGAGAAAGGAAGCAAAUUUGUCAAAGGUUUCUAUGCAGCUUAAAAGACAAAUUGAAAAGAAUAUUGUUAUAUCUGAUAGUCAUUAUUCAGAAAACCAACUUCGCCUCAGAAAGGCUCGUUACCAAGACCAACAUAGUAAUUCUCUUGAUGACAAAGUUGGAGAAAUAGAGAUAGUUUUAGAUGGACACCAAGAAGCUCCUACAAAAACUGAGGAACUGAAGUUGUCAAUGAUUGAUACUACAAAUAGCAUUCCAAAUCCAUUCGCGAACAUGCCAUGUAUCAGCAUACCCGCUGUUGCACAAGAAAAUAAUGCUGAAAGUGAUGAUGAAAUAAACACCAGUGCAACUUUGGUUGAAGAAACUGUUAAUGUUUUCAUUGGAAAAGAUUUUAUUAAACAGCUAGACCAAAUGUUUGGACGGAAGGAUUGGCAAUAUCCUGAAACCAUUAAGCCAAAUGUUAAUAUGCCUCUCUCAAUAUUAUCUGUAAUUAAUGCACUUUGGAUGGAGUCAUUCACACAUCAAUUGGAUGAUGAAUGUAAACAAACAGCAAUGAUAGAGCAAGAUGCUGAAUUUGCCAGGCAAAUUGCUUCAAAGGAAGAAGAAAUAGCUCGUAAUGGUAAAGAACCUGAUGUUCCCGAUUUGAAAGAGCUAAUGGACUUAGAAACAGCACUUUCCUUGUAUCACAAAGACAUAGAAAAAUGGCGCGAACAGGAACCCUCAGAUUUGGCAGCAAAAUUGUCUAGGGAGAAGCUUUAUGUUUUAUUCCCCGACAUCGACAGAAACAGUUUGUCCGAGAUCUUAAUGGCUUAUGAUUAUAAUUUCCAAGCAACUGUUGAGGGAAUGCUUGUGUCUACUUCACAAGCGCAUUAUUUGGAAGAAAAGAACGGCGUAGACAAAUUUAUUGUAGAAAAGGAAUUGCAACAUAAAACGAAAAUGAUUCAAGAACAGCGUGAGGCGUUAUCAGAAGUUGAGUGGCCUUUAUUGCCGACCGCAAAGAAUAUGACAAUGGAUACUGUGAACGAGUACAGAACAGAGGCGUCAAAGUAUUUGGAAGAGCGCACUGCAGACUAUCGGAAAGCUCAAGCCGCUCUGCAGAGGGGUUUGAUUGAUGCUGCAAAUUACUAUCGGGAGUGUGGGGCGUUCCAUGCUUCGAAAUAUGAACAAGCAAACAGCAUGGCGGUUCUCUCACUCAUACAAGUGAACGCUCAAAACUGCUCCGAUAAUUCAACAAUUGAUUUGCAUUACUUACACGUGCCCGAAGCAUUGGAGGCUCUGGAUUUAUUCCUAGAUAUACAUAUAAAAAAGUUGAGAGAAAUAAAUGGCCGUAACGGCGUGACACACCAAACGUUAUUCUUCAUAACCGGAAGAGGCCUACAUAGUUCUGGCGGGCCGCGAAUCAAGCCGGCGGUGAAGAGGCGGCUCUCCGAAAGAAGAAUUAUAUACGCUGAAAGCAACCCGGGCCUACUUACAGCUAAAGUGAGUGCGGAUCAUAUGUUAUCUGAUGAUACUGCCUGAUAUUUGAGGAACCUGAACCAAAUGCGUAUGCAAAGGCCCAGACCGUACCAUGUCACUCGAUUUUUUACUUAUAAUUGUAUGUACACCUAUAUUAACGAAUAUCCUAUGUGGUGAAUAGUAACAGUUGUAAAUAUUAUAUACAGGACUUGAAUUGAACAAUCUAUACGUAAAACCAGGUGUAAAGUUUAUAAUAAAUUAAGACCUAGAUGUAAUAAAUGUUAGGUAAUAGAUGUUUGUGACAAAAUAAUAUAAAGUUUAAGAUUAAGGCGACCAUUUAAAUAAUUGGAAACAUUUAUGUAAGUUUUUUAUGUUGAAACUACAUUUAAGGCUGUUGUAAAUAUAGUUUAUAUUGUAUAUUAUAGUAUUUUACCGUUGCGAUACAAAACUAUUUUUGGAAAUGUAAAAUGCCACUCUUUGAACUAAAUUGAAGCAAAAUUGUUUAUUAAUAUUUUGUCACUAUUUUGAUUUAUAUUGUUAAACUAGUUUCAAUAUAAUACUUUAUUUGUUUAAAAUUAAAUUAAAAUAAUGAGUGUGCAAAUAUUAAAACGAAUUAAUUUAUUGAUUUUGGUAUUUCUCUUAGUUGUAAUCUAUAAUGUAAUUAUUGUAUAAAUAAAUUUAAAGUUUAGACUUAAUAUCAGUUUAGUGUUAGUAAAGACACAAAGAUAUAUUGUUGCCAGCAAAAAUUGAAGCUAAACAAUUAUAAUAAGCUCUCCUAUUACACAAGCAAUUCGGAAGCAAUGGUACAACUAAAAGAAUCGAAAGCCUAAGGCUAACUACUGCCAAUCAAUAUGAAUAAAUCAAAUCGAAAAUCGAAAGAAUAAACCGCGCCAGAGCCUCUCUUCUCUUAAACACAUAGGGUUGAAUGCAUAUGAUUUAAAUAAGACACAAAUAUUUUUUACAAUAUCUUUAGUUUGAGCGAGGAGCUAAUUUAAAAAGUGUAUAUAUUGUGGGAAAUUAAAAUAUGGGAAAGGCGACGCGUAGUAUCUACCUUCGACGGAGCCUGCCAAAAAUGCAAGCGUUAAAAGUUACGGCGUCCGUCGUUCGGUCGUUUUUCAAUUAUGAACAACCGAUUUUAGAUAUUACAAUUAUGAAAUAAUUUUUACAUAUUCCCUAUCUGAAGCUGAAAAAUAACAUUCAUCUGUCGUAUUAUAUAAAGCAGCUUGCAUCAAGCAUAAGUAGAGAAUAUUUGUUAAAAUCUUGUGACAAACUCUUAUGAAAUGUGAUAAAAGCCUAUGUAACGGAUCGAAAAGGGUAAAUCGCAUAAGUGCAUGUCUGCUGAAACAAUAUUAACACACAGAAUUGCAACCAAUCAGAAAUUGUGAAUUUUCUGAUUGGUCUUGUUUCAGUAGAGAUGCCCGUAAUGUAUGGACUGAUGUUUGAUGUGAUGAACAAUAAACAGUGUAAGUGUAUUUCUGCUGAAACGAAUUUACCACACAGAAUUGCAACCAAUCAGAACUUGUCAUUUUCUGAUUGGUCUUGGUUUCAGUAGAGAUGACCGUAAUGUAUGGACUGAUGUUUGUUGCUAUGAACAAUAAACAGUGUAAGUGUAUUUCUGCUGAAACAAAAUUACAACACAGAAUUGCAACCAAUCAGAAAUUGUGAUUUUCUGAUUGGUCUUGGUUUCAGUAGAGAUGCCCGUAAUAUAUCGACUAAUGUUUGUUGCGAUGAACAAAUUUUGUAUAGGGAUUUUAUGUAGCGAUUGAAAUUAUCAUAUGAUGGUAAUGGAAAGUGUUUAUGUGCGUUGUACUAUUUAAAAAUGUACAAGCAUGUGACUUUUAUUCAAUGCAUGAGCGAGUUUUCUAACGGAAUCUGGGACCCCUUAAUUUGGGUGUGAUAAUAUAAAUGUAUAUGGAUAAGUAAUAAAAAAAGAAUGUUUUUUCCACUAAUUAAGAAACAAAAUUGAAAAGAAAGAAGUAAUAAUAUUUUUGUUGUUUUUUAAAAAUUUCACCAUCAAGUAAUUACUAGUGGAAUAUUUGAUAUGGUAUCUUUCUGUAAAGGUUUCGCAGAGUUAUUUGAAAAGAUGAUAAAGUGAUUAUAAAUCAUAAAUUCAAAUCAAAUCAAUUUAAAUUUUCUUCUUUAACCGAUUCGCUUAAGUUACCUUAUGCCUCUUUAUUCCUCUUUCCUCAUCUCCACUCACUUUUAAACAUUUGAAACUUUACUGUAUGUUGGCAGUACAGAUAUGUGGGGCUAUUUCGUUAUUUUUUUUUUAAUAGGGGCGCUCGAACUUUGAUAGCAUAAGCCAUCUUUUUGAAGCUGUCAAAUUAGACAUGGAUUGAUUUAGACUUGACAUUUAAUGCUGACCAUUAUAACAACGCGUUGAAACUGUUGAAAUUUAUUAUCAAAGUGCUCUCAUUGCCUGUUGAUCCAAUUUAUGAUAUUCCAUUGGUCCAAACCCGUCUUUUUAUUAAAUGAUAUGGAGUAACGAAAAUAUACUGGAGAUUCAUAAGGUCUAUAAUCUGAAGUCAUCGAAUGCCGUGGAUUUUGGUGGGAACUAGGCUCACUGUCAAUGGCGACCGAUUGGAGACGAUGAUAAUAUUUUUUAUGGCCUAUAGAUGGACCUGUCAAACACAACAGCUUAGUAGUGGGAGGCUCCUUUGCACAGGAUACCGGGUAGAUUAUGCUGCGGCGCCUAUUUCUGCCGUGAAGCUGUAAUGUGUACACAUUACUGUGUUUCGGUCUGAAGGGCGCCGUAGUUAGUGAAAUUACUGGUCGAAUGAGUCUCAAGGAGACGAGCGCAAUUGUAGCCGAAUCGCGUCGCUCCGAAUAUUUGGGUUUAUCAAGAAUCCGGAGCGGCACUGCAUUGUUAUAGGCAGGACGUAUCAAUUAUCGUCAGCUGAACGUCCUACUCGUCUCGUCCCUUAUUUUCAUAAAAAAUAACAAGACGGUACCACCUCCUAUUGAAUUUAUUUGAUGAAAAGUAUAAGAGCUUCGUCAACGCGUUGUGGUCACUUCAAUUUGACACUGAAACAAUUUGACAUAACUCCGCUCCGGGAUGUGAAAUUUCUUGAUCAUUAAUGUCUGUAAUAAUAAUAAUAAUUGUAAUAAUAAUAAUAAUCAUAGUAAAAAAGUAUUGUAAAGUGUAAAGUAUUGUAAUUGUAAAGUGGAGUUCAUUGGGCAUUUGGUUAAUAUUAUAUUUCAAAUUAACUAUAGUUUUAGGUCGCUACAUAUUAAAUUAGCGUUUUGUCGUAACUGACCACUUUAAACUGCAAUAUCUUCUAAAAAUUAAGAUAUAAUCAAAUAUAUAUGUCCAUUUAUAAUUAGGCCAUUUUAUUAAUAGGUUUUUGAAAGUUUGGCGACUGACAAGUUAUAGUGAUGUCCUAAAGGACGUAACGAUAUCGAUUAUUGUAAAACUUAUAUACGAUAACUGGCAACAUCAACCGACCGUCCGUCUGGCCGCCAUUUUGACGUAGUCUCACUCGUAAUAAACGCUCGUAUUUACGUUCGCCGAGUGUUCUCAAGUAUUUGUUAUACCUCGAGUUGAGUAGUUUUAUUCCUCGCGGUGCAACUUUUGGGAGUGCUUAGAUUCGGACAAUGCAAGCUAAACUAGAUGAGCUGCAAUUGUAAUGUUACUGCUCAAACAGAUUACCGGUUACCAGAUAGUAUAUUUUAUUUAAAAGAGCGCAAAAAUUAUGCUGGAAGGGUAAAGCGGUGGUAGUGUUAGAAAUGGCAUCAAAGAUAAUUCUAAAGGAAUCAAUUUUGAGAAAAUAAAUGCCUUUUAUGCCUUUUUACCGGGAUUCGGAUAACUUUUCACAAGGAAAAAAAUUUAACUCGGAUGUGGCAAUCCAAACCGCCUUCAAAGAAUUCAUUGAUCAAUUGACUUUGCAUGGAAGCAAAACGCCGAUAUCAUUUAUUUCAAAGUGCGAGCGCUCUUAAUAAAAAACCUGUACAUAUUAUUAUAUAAGUUGACACGAAAUGUUUCUUUUAAUCUUUAAAACUUUCUGCUCCAUUAUCUUUAUUAUCACGUUACUAUUUUCGGGCACUUGUGUUGAUCUAUCAUCAUAAAAAUGGCUGACAUUUUCUGUCACCUUUACAGAAACAAUACCUCUGCUGUGUUCAGAACCAUCCAUUAAACAUCAAUGGUUGAUUGAUUAAGCAUAGAUUUUCUGUAUGUUCUUAAAAUAACGAAGUAUAUUCGUAAAGUUGAAAAAUCUGUUUUCUUGUUCUGGUGGCCGCACCAGUUAUGCGAAAGUAUAAAAUAAACUUUCUUCCACCCAUCGUAUUUUUUGCUCAAUUAAUUUAUAAUUAAACUUAAAUUUUUUAGUUAGUUAAGUAACGAACUAAUAAAUUUAAACUCAUAUAAAAUAAAUUAUACAUUUUCGUCAAAUAAGAACAAUCGAAUUAUACCUACAAUAUUUAUUAGUUUAUAGAAGUACAGAACCAGUUCGGACUAUAAAAUAUUUAUUUUUAAAACUUUAUCCUAAAGCAAUUGUUUUCUAUCCUUGUACAAUUGUAAUUAAUAAUAAAUGCAUACUUUUAGAUGACUUUUCGGUGUUUUCACAUAUAAAAAAAAAAACAUCUGGUAUUAUGUGAUAAGUUUAAUUAAAUGAAUGUAUUUUUAAUGGACUAGAUGUAAUUGUAAUAAGUUUAAUUAAAUGAAUGUAUUUUUUAAAUGGACUUUAAAAGUUAUAAUUUUUGUUUAUUUGUUUCUAUUUUUGUACAGUUUUCUAUUUCUUUAACAUAAUUUCGUAAAACGAAAAGUGAGGUUAACUCUUAUAACGUUAUUGAUAUCCACAAAAAAUUCUAUACAGGAAGAUUUUAUUACCACCAGUAAUAGAAAAUUCUGAUAUGGGGACAGUAGGUAAGCUAUUUACGAGAUGUUCUAAGUUUCUGAAUUUCUCAAUUUCAUUGAUGACAAAUUAAAGCCCUACUGCCUAAAUAAUUCCCUGUGUUAAUUAAAUCAGCCUGUAUAAUAUAUUUUAAAGAUGAUUUUUUAUUGUAUACCCGUGUCUAUGCCCUGAAGUAAAUAGUAAAGUUACGUUUGGGCGGAUUUAUAGAAUACGGGUAUGAAAAGUUUACUUACUCUUUGAAGAUAUUUUACGUGUGACAAUAUACCUACAUUUCAUGGACGAAGUUUUGUCAAUUUAGCUACAAGUCAAUUGUUAUUACUUUAAAAGUAUUGUAAUAAAUUUGUUUUUAAGUUUUUAGUCUUGAAAAGAUGCGAUUCAGAAUUGUUCUUGGUAUGUAGCUGCGUUAGGCAAAUGGCAGAUUGAACACGUUGAAGACAUCCAUUCACCUCUAUAUUGUUGUUAUUUUAUUUGCAAUUUUUAUGUGCACCUUUUUCGAAUUAUUAUCCACGGUGCGUCUUUUUCUUCUAAGUACAGCAAAGCUGUGGAAAUGAGCUUCCUUCUGAGGUGUUUCCUAGAUGAUACAGUAUUAAAAAAAAACGCGUACACCUGCCUCUAAAGGUCGGCAAUCCUCCUGUGAUUCCUCUGGUGUUGCAAAAAAAUGUGAGUGGCGGUGAUCACUUAACACCAGUUAACCCGUAAGCUCGAUUGCCCUCCUUUUCCAUAAAAAUUAAUAAAUAUUAUUAUUAUAUGUCAACAUCUCCUAUGAGCUACAGAACCGUGGCAAUCGCAAGAGUACCCGAAAUACAUUAUUGUACUUAAGACUGCAGUAAUUUUGUGAAAUGUAGAACUUAUAAUUUAUUGUUAUUAUUAUGAUAGCAGUGUAUAAUGAUAUGUGUAAUAUAAAUAAAAAUAAAGCUACUUCACAAUGAUUUUCUCCGAAGAAAAUCUUUACUAUCACAUGAACCCCUUCCGAGAUAGUAAGUCUUGUGGGUGAUGAUGCUUUUACAACAUGAUUCCAGAAAAUGUACAAAACAAAUAUGCUACAUUCUUUUGAAAUUCAUAAUAAUUUGUUUAAAAGCAUAAUAAAUUAACUAAUUAAAUUCAUGCGGUAUUUUGUAAGGUAUUUUAAAAUAUGAAGCCGAAUAGUUAGCUAGUAUAGGUUCGAUGCACUUUCUUUUCACCCACUUGGAUCUUUGACUAUCGUCAAUUGGUCAACAGAAUUCCAUAAUAUAAGGUUUUGUCUUCAGCGCGAUCUGUCUGCCAUUUGUAGUAAAUUUUAACAGAAUUGUUUUUAUUAUUAUUAUUAUAAGUACAUUAGGAAUUAAUAAGGUUGUUUCUGGUGGGCGAUGCAUAAUUUAGUUUUGUAACGUCGCAGCUAUAAUAUAAAAUGUUUUUAUAACGUGCAUUUGGCUACUGAGAAUCAAUCUAUUUUUUCCGCAAGUAUAAUGGAAUAUGGGUUUUAAAAUUUAUCUUUCUUAUUGAGAUCGAUAAAAAAUAUUGUAAGUUGUAUAUGAAAUAACGUAAAGUUACCUCAAACGUUACCUCUUUGUAUUUUAUUUUAAUAAUAAAAUGAUAGUUUUUGCCUUACAUAAUUUAUAUGUCUAGAUAAGAAAGAAUCUUUUGUUGUUAGACAACCGAUGAACACAGGCCAGGAAUAUUAGGUUAGUGUGGAGUGACAAGCUACGUCUUACACUCGCGAUUUGUAUGACAGUUUGUGUUAGUGUGCGUGGAUUGCUCAAAAUAGAGGUUAGUUCCAAAGUCAUUUUCGACGUUUUCACAGCUGUCAUAGUCUUAUCUAGACGUAUAAAUUAUUCAAGGUUUUUGCAUACAAUGUAUGUCCGCCUACUUUUCAAUACUUGUUUGUUUGAUAUAUUUUGUUUCGUAGUUUCUAUUAAUAAGUACAAUAAUAUUGAAUGUUAUGUGUUGUUCGUCGUAGGAUUGAUGUUGUACUAGUUGUAUUGUAGUGCGUAACGUUUUAUUGAUAAUAUUUCAAUCAGAUUCUCUUUGUUGUACGGCUCCGUAACGCAUAGCUGUACCACAGUAUGUAUAGACGCUAAUGCUGUACGAAAACUACGUACGAGGGGCGCACUGAAAUGAUCGGGAAUAGAAUAUUUCGGAUUGAGUUACAAUAAAACCUUUUUUAGAAUUUGAAUAGAAUUAGAAUCUGACAUUCAUACAAUUAAAAAAAAUGUUCAAAAACAAAAAGUAUGUUGGCUUAAAGUUGACACGUCGUUAACAGAAAUGGUGCACACGCGUGAACAUUUCCGUGCCAUAAUUUAUCACAAUUUUCGUCGCGGCUGUCUUCUGAAUGUCAGCGAACUUGUUUCGAUUUAUGAUGUUGGAGUCAAACGUCAAUAUACCGCUGGUACGCCGAAUUCCGACGCGGUCGUGUAUCGCUCAGCAUUGUUCUUCUGCAGGUCGACCAAGAACAGCGGUCACGCCUGAAAACAUCGGAGCUGUGCGAACUAUUAUAUUAGAUGACCGUCAUGUGACAUACGAGCAGAUUCAGGCUGUUAUCAGCAUCGGAAUGACUGCAAUUCAGUCGAUAUUACAUAGUGAGCUGUGUGUAAGAAAGCUAGUUUCCCGCUGUGUUCCCCACAAUUUGUCCGAAGAGCAAAAGGCGGUUCGUGUAGAUUGGCGCCGGAAUACUCUGCAACGCUUCAACGUAGGGAAGUCAAAUGCCGUUUAUAAUAUUGUCUCAGGUGACUGGUGAUAAUGGAUUUAUUCAUACGAACCUGAAAGAAAACAGUUUGGUCUUCGAAGUCUAACCAACGAAAGUGAUUCGCUCCCGCAGCUUGUCAAAGAAAAUGGUCGCUACGUUUGUCUCGAAAAAGGAGAAUGUUGCUACAAUUCCUUUACAGGAACGCAGAAAGGUUGCAGCUGAGUCGUAGAUCACGGUUUGUUUGCCAGAAAUGAUAGUCGAACUUCAAAAAAAUAACCCGAAACGUCGCAUCAUCUUACAUCACGAUAAUGCGAGCUCCCAUACGGCGCGGCAGACAUGAUUUUUUGAAGCAGGACAACGUUCAGCUGAGCCCAAAUGAAUAUUUUACAUUCCCUAGAAUGAAAGAUUUAUUACGCAGUCAACAGAUUGAAGACCCCGAAGCAGCUGUGGAAGCGUACAAAUCAGCCAUUAUGUCAACAUCAACUUCAGACUGGAAUCACUGUUUUAAUGAUUGGUUUGCACGAAUGGAAAAGUGCAUUAAGUUGAACGGAGAACCGUCCAUGUGGUUUUUAUUAUUCCCGAUCAUAUCAGUGUGCACCUCGUACAAAGGUUCGAAACGUACGCACACAGACGCAGGUCGCAAUGUGGCCAAUAAGCGGACGUCGCAGUACUGUUAGUCGCGCGAGCCCUGCGUGUGCCGAGUUGAAACAUGCAUGACACCUGCAUAUGUGUGCGUGCGUUAUAUGUAACAUUUGUGCGUAGUUUCCUACGUAGCUGAUAUAUAUACAUAUACUGUGGCUGUACCUUUUACCUUUUGCGAGGUAAGAUAGGUUAUAACACUAUGUGACGGAUACUUGAUAUGUAUAGUAACAGGCUUCGUUUUUUUGUUGUUUUUAGGAAAUCAGGAAAUAUUAAGAAAAGCAAGCAAAUUAAUUGCUGUCAAAUGUAAUUUGUGCAGGUACGCUAAACCUUUUAUUUGUAGAUCAUUAAAAAAUUAAAGAUUAAUUUAAAAUUUGAUGGCAUAAUUAAAAUAUGGAAGGUAUGUUCAAGUUGCUCUUGUGCUAAUUCCAUAAGUUAAAUAUAUAUUAUCGAUUAACAAACAUACUGUGUACAAAGUACUGUUGCAAUGUUUAUUAAAACAAAUCGGUUGAUAAUAUUGAGUUUUAUGUGGUCGGACGAGCGUGGGACUCAUUACAAAACAAGUGAUUAUCCCAGCAGAUUACACCAUUGAUAACACGCUGAGUUUCCUUUAUCUACGACUAUUGUGGAGUUUCACAAAUUAAUGGUGGUCUUUGCAUAUUUUGUGAACGGUAAAACAGCAACACACAACCCGAGUUUGAUUUUCUUUAAUAGUCCAAUUAGACAGAAUUUGUCUACAUAUAGAUUGGAAUAAUGUUGUACAUUUUUAAAUUAAUUGGUUUGUCACUAAAUUUACAAAUUGAAAUGCCAUGAAUAAAUAAAAUAAGUAAAAAAUUUCAGUAAAUUCAAAUUUCGAUUAAAAAGGUUUAGCAUACCUGGCUCCCAUUUUGCGACAUAUAUUUGGUUCAAUUUUGGUUUAUUAUUAUAAAUUAGAAUCCUUUAUUUUUUGCCAAUGAUUAAAAUAUUCUCCUUAAUACAUAAAUUUAUAGUGAAUGUGUAGAAUGUAGAUGUUUUUUAAUAAAAUACUAAAAAUAAGCCUAAAUAUUUCGGUAUUUUUUUCGCGGUAGUUAAAGUUUUUAUACUACACCUGCUCGGAAAGUGCGUAAGUGCGUGACAACUGGGAUGAGAAUGCAUCAUUUAUGUAUUGGAAAUAUGCGGGCUAAAAAGAAUGGAAAUCCAUUACUAAAGUGUUUUUUUGGCUAUUGAAUAUUUUUACAAAAAGGACUCUAAUCAGUUACAAUCUAUAAUCAAACAAUGUGAUAUCAAUUAUAAUAUUUCAAAUGAGCUAUCGCCGAUCAGCUUUCAAAAGCUUUUUUACCUUCAAUUUGUAAUAUUUAUAUAUCAAUCAGUGAGAGGGUCCUUUGCACAGGAUGCCGGCUAGAUUUUGGGUACCAUAACGGUGCCUUUUUCUGUCGUGAAGUAGUAAUGUGUAAGCAUUAUUGUAUUUCGAUCAUAAGGGCGCCGUAGCUAGUGAAAUUACUGGGCAAAUGAGACUGAACAUCUUACGUCUGAAGGUGACGAGUGUAAUUGUAUAGCGCUCGGAAUUUUUGGGUUUUCAAUAAUCCUCUCUGUGGCUCUGCCUUGUAAUGGGCGUUUUCAAUUACCAUCAGCUGAAGUCCUGCUCGUCUCGACCCUUAUUGUAAUAAAAAAAUGUAUAUUUUACAGUUAAUUUGCAAAAAUUAAAUUAUUCGCUUUAUUUUCCUUGUAGGUGUAGUAAAGAGCACAUAUGAUAUGUGUUAUAAAUGGUAAUAGUGGUCGAUUUUUCGUUUCUCCAUCCUGCGGUUUUCAGGGAACUUACACAUACCACAAAGUUGAGGAGUGAGAUUCCUUGUGCGGUGUUUCCAUGACGUUACGUCAUGGGCACUUUUAAAAAAAGCGCAUGCACCUACAUUCCUAAAAGGAUGACAACGCUGCUGUGAUUCAUGCAAGAGAAUGUGUGGUUACUUAAUACCAGAUACAUAUGCUCGUUUGUCACCCUUUUCCAUAAAAAAAAAACUGAUUUCGUGACACGCCUAUAUACGAGUACUGAUUCGCAAUAGAAUGAAUCGAGCAGGAUGGGGCAUCUGUCUUUCUAUUGACCGAGUUGAGUCCACUAUUUGCAUUUAUCACACAUAAUAUGGCAAUAUGCAUAGCUGCGUGGAAAGUGCUAUUCCACUACUUGUACUGAAAACCUCGACCUCGUCUCGUACUAUGUACAAAUAGUACUAUUAGAAGUCGCCAACUUUCUUCUUUUGAUGAACAAUGUACCUACUAUGUAAUAGUUGCCGAAUGUUUCUUUAUUAUUCGCAAUUUUACUUUGUACAUUGAAGCCCUUUCCCACAUACAAUGGCAAACGAAAGGCAGCAAAAAGCAUUCCUUCUCUUUUGCAGUCGUUCGUCGUCAUACUAUGUGGAUUCGGUGUAAAAAUGUUUUAUGUGAUAUGUUUUUUGUAGGUCAGAUUUUAUAUAUUUGUGUUAAUAAUAUAAUAAAAUUAGACACUGAACUGUUUAUUUUGAUUGUGAUUUCGAAUCAAUUUAAGGCAAAUAAAUUUUGUGUUUAAAAA